AUGGAAUAUAGGAAUAAUAUCACAGAAUUUAUUCUUCUAGGACUUUCUCAAUCCAAGGAUAUAGAGACUGUCUGCUUUUUAUUAUUUUUACUUUGUUAUCUUGCAAUUUUGAUUGGAAACCUGCUUGUCAUGAUUUCUAUUACCAGUAGUCAACUUAUUGACCAGCCCAUGUAUUUCUUUCUGUGUUACCUCUCACUCUCAGACCUUUGUUAUACCUCCACUGUGACCCCCAAGCUAAUCAUUGACCUACUGGCAACAAAGAAGUCCAUUUCCUACAAUGGUUGCAUGACACAACUCUUUACCAUGCACUUCUUUGGGGGCAUGGAGGUCUUCAUCCUCACAGGAAUGGCCUAUGACCGCUAUGUGGCUAUCUGCAAGCCCCUGCACUAUACUGUCAUCAUGAACAGGCAGAGGUGUGAUGCCAUGAUAGCUGCCUCCUGUGCAGGGGGAUUCUUACAUUCCUUUGGUCAGUUUCUUCUGGCUAUUUUCUUACCCUACUGUGGCCCCAAUGAAAUAGAUCACUACUUUUGUGAUGUUUAUCCUUUACUAAAACUGGCUUGCACUGACACAAGGAAAAUUGGCUUCUUGGUCAUUGCUAAUUCUGGCCUGAUGGGCCUGGUGACAUUUGUGGUCUUGUUAAUAUCCUAUGGUGUGAUCAUAUAUACAGUCAGGUCUUAUUCUGUAGAGAAUCGCCAGAAAGCUUUUUCCACAUGUAGCUCACAUAUCACAGUGGUUGUCCUUUUUUUUGCUCCUUUACUGUUUAUUUACAUUCGACCAGCAAUGACUUUACCCGAAGACAAAGUAUUUGCUCUCUUUUAUACUAUCAUUGCACCCAUGCUCAACCCUCUGAUUUAUACUCUGAGAAACAUGGAGAUGAAGAAUGCCAUACAGAGAUUUUGGUCCCAUAUCCUAGGAAGUGAAGGAAAUAGAGCGAAAGACAUCACUGCAUUUCACCAUGCACCUUCUUAA